GGACAGAGGAAUAAUACACUCCUGUGUUCGUGUUAUCUCACGGUCAGUCUGCUCCCACAGCAACAGCUUCCAUCGAGGCAAAGACUCUUCGAGGUGGCCCAGGCUCAGAGCACAUCCUGGAUUUUCUCCUGUGAAAGGUUCAACGACCAGAAGCAAAAAUGGGAUGCUUUGGAUUCCUCAAACUCAUGAUGUUUGUUUUCAAUGGCAUUAUAUUUUUAGCGGGUGCUGCCAUCCUGGGAGUUGGGAUCUGGGUGAAGGUGGACAGCGGCUCAGUCCUCAGCUUCCUUGGGAAAAUUGAAAACGCACCAGCAGAGCUCAGUCAGGUGCUCAACGUGGGCUACCUGCUGAUUGCAAUAGGAGCACUGCUGGUCAUCAUCGGUUUUCUGGGCUGCUGCGGAGCUGUCAAAGAGAGCAAGUGCAUGCUGCUGCUGUUUUUUAUCAUAGUCUUGCUGGUCUUCAUAGCAGAGGUUGCAGGAGCAGUGGUGAUCUUGGUAUUCAGACCCUUGGCAGACGAGCUGAUUCAAAAGCUUGGAACGGCGGCUGUUCAGAACAUCAAAGUAGACUAUGGGAAAAAUCCAGACGUCACAGGACUGUGGAAUACCACAAUGAGCACGUUAAAAUGCUGUGGAUUCUACAACUCCUCAGACUUCGUGGGCUCACCGUAUUACGUGAGCCACGACAAGCAAUACCCUCCACAGUGCUGCCCAGGCAUGAGUUACUCAUGUAAUCAGACGGUGGCUGACAGUGUCACGACAAUCACUGGUUGCUUCCCAAAGAUCAUGCAGCUGAUUGAUGAAAACACGGUGGUUAUUGUGGGAGUGGCGCUGGGCAUUGCAGUUCUGGAGAUAUGUGCCAUGGCCGUCUCCAUGAUCCUUUUCUGCAGAAUCAAAUCCAUGAGUGCCUAACUGAGGCAAAGACCUUAGAAGGAUCAUUUUAAUCACUGGAGCCUUUCCACUCCUUAUAUGGCCUGUAGAGGAGUGAAGGGCUUUGCCUUUAUCUCGCAAAAAUGCCUCAUCAUUGAAGACAGUUAAUGUCAGGUCUUGUGCAAUCAGAAUUACUGAAGAAUAUAACAUCUAUUUUUUACUACAUUUAAAUGUGUCUAAUAGAAGCUGUGGAUGAACAUAUUUUAGCAAUUUCUUAAAAAUACUACACUUUAUAGAACAGGCUACACACACUUUCUACUUCAACAGAGAUUAUUAUUUAAAUGCCACUGCCUGUAACUCAUGGCCAGUUAACGAGGAAUUACAGGAAAACUACGUUCACUGUGAUAAUGAAACAGAGGCUGGUGUGUGGGACACAGGGAACCACUACUGUGAGUGUCGUUGCCACAGUGCAGCUUGUAAAUUAGCAGUGAUACAUUAUUUGUAUGUAUGUUGCGUGGUGAUCAAUUUUGAAAUAAAGUGCAAAGUAUUU